CCGGCCUGCAGCCGCGGCCGCUGGGGAGGCCCGACCCCGCCGCCUCCCCACGUGUCUGAGAAUUCAUCCUGUCUUGUUCUUGCUGCUCGGCACGCCAGUGCUUCUUCCACGAAUUUGAAAGACAUACUGGCCAACCUGAUACCUAAGGAGCAGGCCAGAGUCAAGGCCUUCAGACAGCAGCAUGGCAAGACUGUGGUGGGCCAGAUCACUGUGGACAUGAUGUACGGUGGCAUGAGAGGCAUGAAGGGACUGGUCUACGAAACGUCAGUGCUUGACCCUGAUGAGGGCAUCCGCUUCCGUGGCCACAGCAUCCCUGAGUGCCAGAAACUGCUGCCCAAGGCUAAGGGUGGGGAAGAGCCCCUGCCUGAAGGCUUAUUUUGGCUGCUGGUGACUGGACAGAUCCCCACAGAAGAACAGGUGUCUUGGCUCUCACAAGAGUGGGCAAAGAGAGCGGCUCUGCCUUCCCAUGUGGUCACCAUGCUGGACAACUUUCCUACCAACCUGCACCCCAUGUCUCAGCUCAGCGCAGCUGUCACAGCCCUCAACAGCGAGAGUACCUUUGCCCGGGCGUACGCAGACGGCAUCCACCGAACCAAGUACUGGGAGUUGAUUUAUGAAGAUUGUAUGGAUCUGAUUGCAAAGCUACCUUGUGUUGCAGCAAAGAUCUACCGGAAUCUUUACCGCGAGGGCAGUAGUAUCGGGGCCAUCGACUCUAAGCUGGACUGGUCCCAUAAUUUCACCAACAUGUUAGGCUAUACUGAUGCUCAGUUCACGGAACUCAUGCGCUUGUACCUCACCAUCCACAGCGACCAUGAGGGUGGCAAUGUAAGUGCCCAUACCAGCCACUUGGUGGGCAGUGCCCUUUCAGACCCUUACCUGUCAUUUGCAGCAGCCAUGAAUGGGCUGGCAGGGCCUCUGCACGGACUGGCGAACCAGGAAGUGCUUGUCUGGCUCACGCAGCUCCAAAAGGAAGUUGGCAACGAUGUGUCCGAUGAGAAGUUACGAGACUACAUCUGGAACACACUCAACUCAGGACGGGUUGUCCCAGGCUAUGGCCAUGCGGUGCUGAGGAAGACGGACCCGCGGUACUCCUGUCAGCGAGAGUUUGCUCUGAAACACCUGCCCAACGACCCCAUGUUUAAGCUGGUCGCCCAACUGUACAAGAUUGUGCCCAAUAUUCUCCUAGAGCAGGGCAAGGCCAAGAACCCUUGGCCCAACGUAGACGCUCACAGCGGGGUGCUGCUGCAGUACUACGGCAUGACGGAGAUGAAUUACUACACGGUCUUGUUCGGAGUGUCGCGGGCGCUGGGCGUGCUCGCGCAGCUCAUCUGGAGCCGGGCCUUGGGUUUCCCUCUAGAGAGGCCGAAAUCCAUGAGCACGGAGGGUUUGAUGAGGUUUGUGGAGUCAAAGUCAGGGUAAAGCUUGGAGUUGGAGAUGGGGAACCGACCGGAAGAGACGAAGCUUAACGACAACAACAUAGUGUACUUGUGUUUCAAGGGGCCUGUAAAGACUUAAGAUUAAAUUGUUUCUGAGGCACUGAAAAUAUGUUUGAAGUUAAAAUAUAAAUUAAGACUUUAAAAGAUAAAAAGUGAUCCCUUCUUCCUAACCAGCUCCCUCCCCUGCCCGGUACGAGGUGCCCGUCGGCCGUAGGGUGCCCGGGACUGAUGCAUGUGAGGCGGGUUAGGCCCGGCCCCCGCCGUCUCUAGAGAAGAACCUGGCUCCUGCCUCUGGGUCAGAGCAGGUCACACACAAUCUGCGGUCUCCCCGGAGCUUUUGCUGGUACUCUGCCCGGCCCUCUCGGCUAGGACCCCAGGGCCUUGCCCCUCCUGUUGCACAGAGCUCACUGCAGGGUUACCAGCUGUGCCAGGCCCUCGCCCAUGCCCCAGACACCGUCUAGGAAGAUCUGUUGGGUCGCUGGGCAUGCUUUGGCAGUUUCUUUUUAUGCUAGCAGGUGACCGUGCAGGUAUGGCAUUUGUUGGCACCCAGUGUUUCAUUUGAUUUUCCUUUUUAAAAUUACCCAUUAAAGUUGAGGUCUGGAAGUAUUAUGUCCCAUUACUUUAAUACCUCCUUCCAGACUUGAUACACCUGUUCUGCCUCAAGCUGAGGAUACUCUGGGCCUUUCCCUCUUGGUCCCUGCUAAAGACCUCUUUAGUAGGUCUGUCUGAUCUGUGGUCUUUCCCAGUCACUAGGAUUUAACAGCACUAAUGUGAACUAAGCUUGUACUUCCGCAGAACUCAAGCCACUGCCGUCUGACCUUUCUCCCAUGCAUAUGCUCUGGGGGAUAGAACAGGAGCUCAGGAACGACCAGCCCUUCAUGGUCUGGUCCCAGGGGUAUGAACGUUUCCUUUUGAGCAAAGAGAUGAUUCAAGAUUAUAUAUGGUCUCCUCUGAGUAUCAGGCCCAUGGGCUGGGGACGUGCAGUGUAAUAAGCCUCCCUCUUCAUCCCCUGCCACAGAAAAUGCCCCCUUAUUUAUCAGUGUCUUUCUUUCCUGCCCCUUCUGCAAGAGCUCACAGUACAGUGUUUCAGAAGCCCCACUUACACAGGUUCUCGGUGACUCGAUGCUCUGCUGCCUUUUCUUUGGGAAAGGGCUGAGAUACACUCCUGCCACGGCCCCUCCUCCCUCGGUACUCCUGCCUGCCUUUGUGUGGCUCCCCAACCCCAGAACCAUGCUGUUGAGAUGGACACACUGUAAACCCUGGGUAACUGUCAAGUCAUUAUGCAGACUUCAGGUUGUUCUGUAUAAAAUAAAAAAUAAAUGUUUUUAUUAACAACG